CUUGUUGUAACCAGGACAAAUUUGUUGCAAACUGAUAUAAAUGACACAAUUCUAAUGGAUUAAUCAAUCAUAAUCUUGGCCUGCAGGCACUUCUAAACUCUCUAAUUUUAGUAGAAAUCUAUUUUGGAGGAUUCCCCUGAUCUUUGUGCCAUGAGAUCACUUGACCUGUUGCGCGUUCAAAUCAAUGACUAUGACACGUAUCAAAGCUACCCAACGCGUUUAGACCAGUAUUACAGUAAGGUCUUACAAGUUCCUAUAAUUAGAAUAUAUGGAUCUAUAACUGUUGAUGAGAAUAUUAUCUCGCGAAAUUACUUGUCACCAACUAAGAAGAAACAUAAGCACAAAUCAGACACUCCUUCUUAUGUGUUUAACGUCGUCAUUCAUGUUCAUAAUUUCUACCCAUAUCUUUACGUGGAUUGCAGAGACCAAGAUUAUGCCAAAUUAUCCCAGAGAAGUCAUAUUAACAAAGUUAUAGACCAUUUGGAAGAAGCUUUAAAAAUAUCAUACGCAAAUGGAAGGUAUAGAAAGAAAAAUGAGGAAGACUUACUGGAAGAUGAUGAUGACCAAUAUGAAGCACCAUCAACCACUUCCUACAAACAAUCUUCUACCAAAAGAAGAUAUAUUGCCAAUGUAUCAAUUUGUAAGGCUGUUCCAAUGUAUGGAUUUCAGAUAGGAUAUAAUCUAUUUUAUAAAAUAUCUUUACUAUCACCAAACUACAAACCACGACUAACCAAGUUAUUUCAAGAGAACAAACUCUCAUUGCAUAAUAUUGGCAGAGAAGAUAACAAUAAAACAAGAAAUUAUGACGCACAUUAUGUGUUUGAGGCUCAUAUACCACAUCUAUUGCAAUUUUUAACUGACUUUAACCUCUUUGGGUGUGGUUGGCUCUACAUUGAUAAAGAUCAUAUUCGCGAUGGAUCAAAUACAAAGAGUUUGUAUUUCCGAUCACCAAUUGUUAACGAGGCUCUUAAAUCAGCGUAUACCAAGACACAGUUUGACGUGUUAUUGCGGUAUCUAACUAACUUUGUCACACACGACAAUGUAUUAAAGGGAAACGAUUUGGAUAACGAGGGAAUAGGUCCAUUCACAAGAAUUGGAAAAUCAGUAUUAGAGAUUGAUAUUAGCACCAGUGGUAUAACCAAUAGAACAUGGUUAUCUCCAAGACAACUACACGAUAACUUCACGGAGAGAAAAGAGUAUGAUGAGUAUAAUGCCUCGAUUCAAGACGGUAAAAAUCCACAACAUGGGUAUAAAUAUGAUGAAUUUGGCAAUCCAAGAAUUUACCUAUCCUCAUUAAAACAGAUAUAUAAUGAUUUGAAAUACCAGUGUGAUAUAAGAAAUUCGCUGCUUGAAUUAUAUAGCGAUGUGCUUGCCACUACAAACGAACUUUCGUAUUUUGGAACCGGGUCAACAAAUUGGUCUAAUCAACAAAGAUUGAAUGAAUUACUUGAAUAUGCAAUCCAACUAACUGGUUCAAACGAGUUGGAUAUGGAGAAGUAUGCCGAUACUUAUUUGACUAACUUAAAAUCAAGGAAAAUAAAUGGGAAUGAUAUGUUUGACAAGUUCAAAACUUCAUUUGAUCUAGUGGAUUAUGAGAAGGAACUUCAAUAUCAUAAUAUACCAAUGAGACCAGGAAUAGAUAUUAAUAAUAUAAGCCACUCUUCUUCUUCCAUUGAAGAUAUCACUUUCACCCCAUCAUUGGAAGGGACUAAUCACAUGGGACUAAAUAUUGGAGAUAAUUGUUAUGAAGUCGUUAUUCCAGACUCAGUUAAGCCCGAGAAUAUAAACAACACAUUCCAGAAAGCAGGGAAAUUGAAAAUUAACUACCAGGACCCUUUCUACGAUAAUUUAAAUGAUAUCCCUACAAAACCAUUUGUGUUUGCAAAUAAAAAAAUUGUAGUGCCAUUGAAGGAUUCAAGUCUGAUUCCCAUGACGUCACUGACUAAAAUGAUCCACGAUAAUCUCCAGGAUGAUACAGAAACUAGAAAAUGUAUAAGAUCGCGGAAAUUCUAUACUUGGCAAUAUCUCCAGGAUCCUCCUCUGAAACAGAAUGUUCAAACUUGGGCUAAAUUAGAGGAAGAGAAGUUGCAACGCAGGGCGUUAAAAUACGGAUCUCAGGAUGAGCCAGGAAUAACCCAAUCCUAUGAUUUCAAAUUUAGUUACAACUCGAUGAAAAUAGCCCGACGCCCGAAUGGGUACAACUCCUUGACUUGUUUCCUGAUGGAAAUUCAUGCUGAUCCACCUAACUCCAAAUUAACAGUAGAUCCAUUACGUGAUCCUAUUUCAAUAGUGUUUUAUUCCUUUGAUGACAAGAAUGGAAUGUUUAACCAUUUUGAAUACACGUCUGGUAUUUUGAUAUUUAAUACUAGAAAAUAUAGUGAACAAUUUAUUUCGCAACUUUCUUCUAGUUUAAAAAAGAAUAUUGAACUAUUUGAUGAUGAAGUGGAAAUGACAGCUAGGUUAGUUCAGUUAAUCGAGAUAUUUGAUCCUGAUAUUUUAGCUGGUUAUGAAAUCAAUGCAAUGUCAUGGGGUUAUAUCAUUGAAAGACUUCGCAAUGUAUUUGAUAUUAACAUAUUGGCUGACUUCAGUCGUGGAUCUGAUAAGAGCAAUGGUAAAUUUGGAGAUAGAUGGGGAUAUACGCAUACCUCCAAUAUUGAAAUUAACGGACGUCAUAUGUUUAAUGUUUGGAGAUUAUUAAGAUCUGAUCUUAGUUUGACUAGUUAUUCACUAGAAAAUGUGUCUUAUCAUUUGUUACAUCGUUCAUUACCCAGAUAUCUGAAUUAUCAAUUGAGCCAAUGGUUACUGACUGGAACAUUUCUGAAUGUCCUUGUGGCGUUAUCGUACUAUUCCACCAGAAUUGAUAUGGUGAUUAAGAUUAUUGAGGUCCAAGAGUUAAUUACUAGGAACGUAGAACAUUCUCGGUUGAUCGGGAUCGAAUUCAAUGCAAAUUUCUAUCGUGGUUCUCAAUUCAAAGUUGAAUCGAUUCUUGCACGAUUAACCAAACUGGAGAGUUUAUUAUUGAAUUCUCCUUCUAAACAACAAAAAUCACCCUUGGUGGUUUUGGAUUUUCAAUCAUUAUAUCCUUCCAUUAUGAUUGCCUAUAAUUAUUGUUACUCGACGUUGCUUGGAAAAUUGAACAACUUCAGUCCCAACAUGAAUGAUAUUGGUUAUCUUGACAACCUCAAGAUCCCACCUGGUAUGAUUGAUCUACUUAAGAAAGACAAUGCUAUUAAUAUAUCACCAAAUGGGUUUAUCUUUGUGAAAAGUAAUGUUCGAAAAUCGAUAUUGGCAAAGAUGUUGGAAGAAUUCUUAGCUCUCCGAAUUAAAGUGAAAGCAGUAACAAAGUCAUUCCGGGACGAUACUGAAUUGACUAGAGUCUAUAACUCGAGACAACUUGCUUUGAAAUUAAUUGCUAAUGUUACGUAUGGGUAUACCUCCGCUACAUUCAGUGGAAGAAUGCCCAACUCUGAUAUUUCAGAUGCUAUUGUAUCGACUGGGAGAGAAAUCCUAAUGAAGUCUAUUGAAUUAAUUGAAGCUGGUAACUAUGGUGCUAAAGUAGUUUAUGGUGAUACCGAUUCGCUAUUUGUUUAUUUCCCAGGUAAAUCUAAAGAUGAAGCGUUUAAAUUGGGAAAAUCAAUUGCUCAAUAUAUUACUAGCGUCUUCCCUGAUCCGGUAAAAUUAAAGUUUGAGAAGGUCUACCAUCCAUGUGUGCUUUUGACGAAGAAACGUUAUGUAGGUUAUGCAUAUGAGUAUGAAGAUCAAAAAGUUCCCAAAUUUGACGCCAAGGGUAUAGAGACUGUAAGAAGGGAUGGUAUUCCUGCUCAGCUGAAAAUGACCGAGAAGGCUUUACGAAUAUUAUUUGAAACACAAAACCUUUCUAAAGUUAAGGAAUACACUUUGAAACAAUUUUACAAAAUAUCAAUCAACAAAAUUUCGGUUCAGGAUUUCUGCUUUGCUAAGGAAGUUAGGUAUGGUACGUACAAGAAUGAAAAAUAUUUACCACCGGGGGCAGUGGUUGCUAAUAAGAUGGUGGAAGAUGAUCCUCGGAAAGAACCUCAAUACCGAGAGAGAGUGCCAUACGUAAUCAUACAAGAUGCUACCAAACACAGGAUUAAAGAUCGUUGUAUUUCACCAGAAGAUCUCAUAGCUUCAUAUAAGACAGAUAAACCUUUGAUGUUGGAUUAUGAAUAUUAUAUCACUAGAGUACUUAUCCCGCCUUUGGCACGAGUGUUUAAUUUGCUUGGAGUUGAUGUGAAAGGAUGGUAUCGAGAGUUGCCUUCAUUUUCUCAAAGUCGUAGUCGAUUACUUCGAAAUGACGGAUUGUUGCAGAGUGGAGUACUUAAUUCCCAUACUUGCCUUAGUUGUCACGAGAAAUUGGAUCUUAAUAAUUCAAUGGUUUGUCUGAGUUGCACAAGUGAUGAACAACAACUUGUUGCAACUAUUUGUCUGGAAUGUCGAGAGAAUGAAUUGAGAGUCAGGAAACUUGAGAAACUAUGUAAGGACUGCGUUUACAGUGCAUUUGGUAAUAAAGGAAACAAUAUAACCAACCAGUCUGCUGAGAACUGUUCGAAUAAGGACUGUUCUGUGUACUAUAAAAAAUUUAGGAGUCAAAAUGAUCGUGACCUCUCCAAGUUCCCAGGAACAUAUGUCCAACAUAGGCCAUUGGAUCACCAGAGUCUUUUGCACCCAUCCAUCCAAUGUCGGGACUAA